UUGAAAUGGUCUCGAACCGCCACUGGUGAGUGCAUGGUGACGCUGGGUUUGGGGAACGGUACCGGAGGUAAAGAGCUGCUGCUUUAACUCCGAUAGGGUGACGUCGGACUAUUGACGGAAGCGGUGGAGACAUAGGCUACUGCAGAAAAUGUCCACGACGGGGAUUAACCGUGAAAAUAUCAUCUGUAAAUUUUUAUCAUGAAAGAGCAUUCGAAGGCCCAAGAGAUGCAGACAGCGGAUCGCAAGGUGUGCUGGACUGCUUGGUGCCAAGUUAUCCUUUUCGGGUGGACUGUAGUGAUUAUCCUAGCUGAGAGAACCGCACUGGUCUACUGUGUGGUGUACUACCUAUGGCACACCCACUUUAGGAGGGCUCUGCUGACCUUUGGCCUGGCUGUACCUGGGACGGUGGUUCAAGUGCUGAGCUUCAAGUGGUAUCGUGAAGAUGGAGCCCAGCAAAAGUGCUGCCUUCGCUUCGUACACAUCCUGCACCUCGGUAUCUUCAAAAGGCUGUGGGACUGCAUGUGGUGUCUGUGGCAUUCUCCCGAGUCAGGAGAUGGGCUUAGUGCCAUUGUAAUGCAGCAGGCUGAUGUUUCCGCCCUCCGUCUGUUAGAGGCACUGUUGCUAACCCUUCCACAGACUGUUCUGCAAACCUACAUCCUCCUCACCACUGAUGAAGGAAUUCUUUCCCCAGUGUUCGUGUGCUGUGCACUCUGCCUGCUUUCCACUUCCUGGGCGCUUGUGCUAUAUAGCCGAGCCUGCUCCCUGGUCCGGCCUGGGCACCUGCCCAUGCCCCCUGCCGCCCUGCUCUGCCAGCUGCUGUGGAGGGCAAGCAUGCUGGGUGCUCGGAUAGCCAGCCUCAUGUUCUUCAUGAGGGUCUUCUGCGGAUGGAUCUGUGGCAUUAUAGGUUUCCAUUGGCUGAUUGCAUCCCUGUGGCUCGUCACUCAGCAAACUGACAUCUGCAGCAGCCCUUGGCGAUGGCACCUCUUCAACUGCGUGCUGGGAGCCGUGCACGUCUUCUUCUUUCUCAACGUCAAAGACGGGCCCUCCAGAUUCCGCAUUUCCAGCUUCUAUCUGGUAAUGCUGCUGGAGAAUGCUGCACUCCUGUUAUUGGCCUCUGAUUUUCUCAGCGAGGCCACGUGGGAUAGCAUGGGUGUGCCCGCUGCAGUGUUUUGCAGCUUCCUCUUGGGUAUAACAUCACUGGUCUUGUAUUACCGCUUCCUCCACCCUAAGUCUACAGAGAUCUCGCACCACCUAUGGAAUGGACACUUGGGGAUAACUUGUUUGAGAGGAGAGUCUUCCUUCUCUCUGGGAGACAAGAUGGCGGCCGUGCCUUCCGUCCCAUCACAAGGCAACAUUCCUCUCACUGCUGUUGCCCGAAACAUGGUGGAACAUUCCGGAACCUGUGGCGCGGAAUCUGCCAUGCAGGAUGGGCACCAUCACUGGCUGCUUCUUCGCCUGGCCCUGAAGACAGGAAACCUGGCUAAAAUAAACGUAGCUUACGGGUACGGGGAGGUGGCCGCCAUGAUGGAGACUAUGGAGAUGCCAGAAAUGAAAGAUGUGGAGUCUCAGCCGCCAGAGUCGGAGUCAAAAGAUGGCAUCAUGCCCCUCUCGGAAGGGAAGGAGAACUUCCAGAGUGUCAGCGAACCUUCGUUCACAAGCGAUCUGACAGGUGAUGAGGAAGAGGAAGACGAAGAUCUAGAGACGGAGAGUUCAUUGCCGUCUCCUGUGUUUGAUUAUAGGAGAGCAUCUCCAGAGGGAAAAUCAGUGUUGGAGGAGAGCCUGGAGCCCAGGUAUUGCCCCACAGAAUCUACCACCACCCUGUACUUCAGCGCCGAUCCCCAGUCCCCUGGAAGUGCCAGUUAUUUAGGUUUGGAGAGGGACUUGGCAGUAGAGAACCUGGGAGAAACAAACGCCCUGUCAGGUGAUGCAGGUCUGCAAGCAGAGGCCAGAGAAUCGCCCAACAGGGUGAACCCCAGGUGCAGAUCUCCCCCAAAAAUAGAAUCCAGGACCCCAGAGCCUACGAGUCCUCGUUUCCUUGUCCCCAGGCGGCAAGUGGUUUUGUCUUGGAAAGACAAACCUGAGAGAUUUUAAAAAAUGUUUUUAAAAAAAGUCAGUUAAGUGUAAUGGAAGCGUGAAGGGCUGUGCACAAGCUAAAAAACCUGCGCAUGUUUGCGACCAGUAUUUUUAGAUGGACACCAGGCAAAUUUGGUAAUAUCUGCAAGGCAUUUUGUGCUCAUGACUCUGAGGUCUUUUAUAUUACCAUAUUAUUUAAAACUUAGUAAUAAUUCUUAGUCUUUUAAAUGUACUUUUUAAACUUAAACAACAAUACGUUCUUUUUUUUCCAACUCUUAAUCACUUGAGACAAAUUUUAAGCCGAUAAAAUUUGUUUGCCCUGGCAUAGAGCCAGUGGAGCACAGGUCACAAUGUAGGGGAAACUGUGGAUGGGAUGCCCACAUUCACUUAAUCACAUACUACAAACUAUUUGAGGCUGUCAGAAAGCUUCACACACAGAGAUGGGAUUCAAACAAAGCAACCUGGAGGUGUGAGUCUACAGUGUUAUUUCAAGGCUGUGCACAGUCGGUGCUGUACGUCAUUGUAAAUGUAAUGUGAUAAUAAAAAUAUGAUAGUAAGAACAUUCACAUGAAAAACAUCAUUUUAAAAUAUGUGUGUAACGUUAUUUAAAACAUUUGUUAGUUUGAACCAAGUAAAACAUAUUGAAUCAUACUGCUCUAUUUCUUUGAUUGUCAUGGGUUAUACUUUAAUUUAAUUACAUUUUUAUGUAACAGAUGCUUCUGUCCAAAGGCACGUGAAGCAAUUAACACAUUGCAAAUAUACGGCUGUCAAGAAGUCAGUUAGGUACAAGUGCAGCUUUCAAUGAAAGCCCGGUUACAAACGUGAGCGGCACUGGAACAAAAGCUACGCACCAUUUUCCAAUAAAGCAAGAACCUAAUAAGCGGAAAAUUCAAAAUUAAAAAUGUUCAAGGAACACGGAGCGGUAUCACGUUAGUGGAGGUAUUCCUAGAAUAGUUGGGUCUUGAGACAUUUCUUGAAGGUGGAGAGGGAGUCUGAUGACCGUACACGAUUUGAUAGCUCACCCACCAUCGAAGAACCACGCCUGAGACUUUCGGCGUGGUGGCGGCAUCGCCAGUUGGCAUUGGUUUGCUGAACG